CAACGCAUCAUCCGCCCAUUCAUCGCCUUUCGCUUUCCAUUCCCUCUCUUCCCCAACCAAACUACCCACUCACCCAUCCACACCUACAUUGAACGAAUCGAUCCUCAUCCCUCGUUCCGAAGCUAUCAUCACAAACAUCUUCAGCCCGCCUCACUCACCUACGACUGUUUGCCCUCCUGCUAAGCCGCCGCCGCCGCCUGAAUCGCAUAAACAACAAAACACACCCUCUCACCCUCUCUCAACCGAAACCAACCACAUUCACGUACCACAUAUCCUCCUUUUUCGUUCACAUUUUUCAUCGCCGUCGCCGGGGUUACCACAGCAAGCUCACAUCGCAGCCACCACUUAUGGAGCAUCUUCCAGCGCACCGGUGAGGCUCCACUUGCCUUCCACCCACUCGCAUCACCAACCUCGGCCAACCUCCCCCUUCACCACUACCACUGCCAUGGCCUUCCUCUUUAACAUUUCUUCCUCCAUAGGCAAGAGGCUCUUGCUCUUUGGCCUUCGCCAUAUCGAUAUCCUCGACAAAGACCCGGCCGACUUCGUCAAUGUAGACGUGGGCAAGGAAACAACUCUGCGAAUGACGGAUGUAGGACUGCAUGUCAAGAAAUUAAUUGCUCUCCUACACCUCAAACUGCCCCCGGGCGUUCAACUCUCCGAAGCUCGAGCCUCCCUCUUCCGCAUGACCUUCAUCCUCGAGUUCGGCGUUCCACAGAUCAUAGUCGAGAUAGAUGGUAUAAAGAUACACGCGCAGAUCGCCCCAGAUAGCCCUACUCCACAAUCCAAGUCGCGCGGCACAGAGCGUUCCCAGCCCCGUGCUCGGUCACCAGCAUAUCAUCCGCCUCGUGGCAAUAACUCGGAAGACCCGCAGUCGGAUGACGAAGACGAGGAUGAGGGUCAUGUGCCGACAGUCGAUGAUCUUGCCGAGUCGUUCCUUAGAGAAGAACCCGCGGAGGAGAUCAAGGAACUGGAGCAUCAGUUGGAAUCUCAAUCGGCAAGUCUACAGGACUCCGUCUCCAGCGACGACGAUGAUGAGAGUGACACGGGAAUGGGCGCUCCCUUGGCUCUUCCAACCUAUUUGCGCAAUUUGCUGAAUACCGCCCUCGAUCGACUCAAGAUUGUCAUCAAUAACAUAGACAUUGAGGUCGAAGACCAGUUCCCACUGGAUUCGCCCAACGUCGCUCGAGAUGAAGAAACCCCAUAUGUUUCGCUCAACUUCCAUGUGAACCGCGUCAGCAUGGAUUCUGUGACUUCGGAAGAGCCUAGAAUAGACGUGACGGCCUCUACGCCACCAACGCAGGCCUCAUCAAAGAUCGGAAAGCGCCGACUGCGCCUUGAGAAGAUUUGCGCUCGAAUUGUCUCGGAUGCGGAAAACUUCAUUACAGUUCCGCAGAUCUCAAGGUCAGCUUCACCAGAAGCCAGUCGAUCCGAAGCUUCUACACGCAGAACGUCUCAUAGCGAACAUUCUGGCAGUCGCCUAUUCCAAGAUCAAGAUCCGCUAGUGCAAUCUGCAGAGGUCGCAUCACCCGCCCAGUCCUCCAUACUCAAAUCCCCUCUCCGUCACGAGGAAAUUUCGGUUAAAGGAGAAUCGCCGAGUCCUGUGCUUCAAUCACAGACAUUGCCACAUCAGUCAAGUAGUUUGCAUUCGUCAAUCCACACAACCGACGAGGACCGUUUUGCUGAUGUCGGAUCAGAUGAUGGUUUAGGGAACAGCACCUUGACCGAAUCCCAAGGUUCCAUUCCUAUUCGUGACAUGAGUGCGAGCAGUGUUUUGUUCGAUGACGAAGGACUUUUAGGCUAUGCGAUGCAGAGCCAGCUGCUGGACUCGCAGAUUGAGCAAGGGUUUGAUUCACAACACUUCACAACCCAGCCGCCGUACGAUAGGAACAUGGUUGAUGCAGAUGCGGCCUAUCAAUCAAAUGAUUCUUAUUACGAAAGCAACGCAUCAUCAUCCGGUCUUCUUUCGGCUUCUGCCUUGAAUCAGUUGUCAUCACCCACAAGCAAUGGCCAGAGUGACUACCCUUCCUCGGACCUGAAUCCAGAGCCUCCCGCUAAUGAAGCACACCUAACACGCCCAAUCGCAACAGAACCACUGGAAAAUCCGGAAUACCACGAUGACGACCGAAAUUCGACAAAAGAAGAAGAUCUCAGCGAUGACGAUCAACCGCAAAAUGAUGCUUUGAGUGAAUCGCUACUGUUCUCCCAUGACGACGCUGAAAGCAUGUACAUGAGUGCUAUGAGUGCUCCAUUGGAUUCGAGCCGCCGUGCUACAGUACCGGGAGGCUGGGAUUCUUCAUCCGAUGCAUCAAGUCGUGGAACACAAUCCGAUGUAUCUACCCCGGUUCCUGAAUCAAUGAUAGCGGGUAGCAUUCUGCAGCCGGCCAUCGAAGCCGAAGAUGGUUGUGUAACCCCGCGACCUUCCAGUCCCCAAAGCGUUUUCUCUUCCCCCAUGGAGUCACGUCAAGUGCCGUCAGCUGAUAAUUUCCCCGGUCCCCCUGAACAAAUUUCGACUCUCUCGAAACUUGCAAAACGAUUUUUGACUAUUGAUGAAAUCACUGUAUGGUUCCCUCUGGGCCUAGUUGAAGAGAGUUCCCCCUCAGUCGAUGAUCAGUCUACGCUUGCAGAGUCAACAUUUGAUUUCGACCCCCCGAAUCUAGCAGAAGAUUCAAUAUUCCAGGGCAUGCCGGGAUCAUUCUCUAAUUAUGCGCAUUCGACAUCAACGCGCAAAAGCCAUCCCAUGGAGGCCAGCUCCAGGAGACGUCCGAGUGUGCGACCCACCCCAACUGGGAAGCCUUCCGCAGAGCCAAAGAAAACCCCUUCGUCGGCUAUCAGCAUCGACAUCGGCACAGUUUCGGUCCAUAUCGACUUCUCUACUGGCUUCAUUAUGUAUCAAAUGCUUACAAGAGCCCUGUCAGCUUUUAAAGGCGAAGAUCCAGCCAAGGAGGACCCCCCAAAACCUCAAGCCACUUCCCCCGAGUCCACUGCAACACAGAGUAAUAUCGAACUUUCGAUUGGGUUAAUUGGUGUUUCUAUGCGAGAGCGCAUUAUAACCGAGUCUCUGGCCUUGAAUUCAGAUUCACUCAGUUUACUCGACACAAACCCGCUGGACGCUAUCCUGAAAGUUCGUCUCUCAGCAUUGUACGCUGCGAGCCAGAUUUCGGCACAGGAUCUUCGUGCAAAACUGACAGUUGGUCAAUUCACCCUCUCAUCACUUGAUCAUGACAUUGUUACUUUCAAAGAAUUGCGGUCUAAACCUAGAAAGCCGACAGGAGGUAGCGACAUAGAGAUCGAUUAUGAGCAGGGCCGAGAUCGACGUCUGACGAUCGUCACGCGUCCAGUGAAUGUUAUGUUUGACGUGCAGAAGUUGGAUGAGGCACUGAGUUCUUUUGGAGGUUUCAGUGGUGUGCUGGAAUUGAGCAGCUCGUUCUCAUCUCCUACUCUCAGUCCAAUCGCUUCUCCUAGUUUGUCUAGGCCACGAGGUGUUCACUUUCGAGAUACACCCGCCGCACCCCCUCCUACGGAUCCGUCACAACCGUCUAUGAUGCCAAAGAUAGACGUGCAAUUUGGAGAAGUAGCCUUCACCCUAAAAGGCAAGAGCUGCGCAGUGCAAUUGCACACUACUUCUGUGCGCCUUGCCGUUCGUGAAAGCAACGUGCGCUUGAAGAUCUCCGAAAUUCAACUGUCUGGUCCAUACACUGAAGCUUCAACGGAAGCUGCGUUCACUGUCAAAUUGGAGAGCUCCACACUGACUUUCCUCUUUGUUCCCCGAGAAGAAGAUCUCGCGAAACUUCUCGCCAUGAUUACGCCUUCCAAAGACAAAUACGAGAACGAUGACGAUAUUCUUGUGGACACACUCCUGAGACAAAGGCGAAAAGGUUCCGUCCUACGAACCGAAGUAGCAAGCCUAAGCGUGCGCGUUGCCGAUCCGACCCAGCUACAAGCUUUUGAGGCACUUGGUGCCGAACUUGCGAUGCUAUCAAGAGUGACAAAAUAUCUUCCAGAUGAUGAUCGACCAGGUCCAUUGACCCUUACCACCAUAGACAACAUUUCUGUACUCGCUCUGGUGAAUCAGCGCCUAGGCGACUUGACUCUCACGUUGACAAAUACGUCAGUCGCACAUGUCGGUGUUCCCUCUCUUUUUGCGGCCGAAGUUGGCAGCAUCCUUGCUCAAAGAAAUGAAGAAAUAUUGGUCCAUGAAGUGGUUGAGAUACGUGGCGGCGACAUUCUUCCAAUGGCCAUGGUACGUUUUGUUGGCGAUGAAAUGGAGCCGGUCAUCAAAGCAAAAUUUCAUAAUCUUUGCAUCGAGUAUCACGUAUCUACAAUCAUGGCGGCCCUGGGAAUCUCUCCAGAUGGAACUGUGGACGAAAUCACGUACGGCCUGGCAUCAUCAAUAGCUACCAUCACUGGAGCAGCAUCCCCUGCAACGCUUAGCAGGCAGACCUCGGCUUCCACGUCUCCUCCCGCCAAAGCAAAUAAGAAGCAUAUCCACAUUGAUGUACUAUUGAGACAUUGUGCGUUGGGUCUCAAUCCCCGUAAACUACCAGCGAAAGGCAUGUUUGUCUUGACCGACGCGCACUUCCUUGGACGACAAUCAAAACACACAGAUUUUACCGUACAGAUUGAACUUCGAAAAGCCUCCAUCCAUGCUAUUGAUAACGUUGCUCGUCUCGAAGAGAAAACAGACCAACCAUUAGCUAACCAUGGACCCGCUAAGCACCAGCUGGCGCAGCUUCUCGAUUUGGGCUAUGUUUCUAUGAGUUCCAUCUCUGCAGCUAAGGUUUCCGUCAACAUUACUGGUGAUGGAAAAGACCGACCUCAGCUGGUGGACGUCGAAUUCAAAAAUGAACUUUUUGUGUUAGAAUCAUGCGCUGAUUCUACACAAACUCUGGUCGCCAUCCUUAACGGGUUACAGCCACCGAAGCCCCCCUCAACCGCAGAACGGUAUCGGACUGUAGUUCCUCUUCAAGAGAUGAUGGAGUCAUUCACGGGUGCCGCCAUUGAUAAAGAAGAUACUCUAGACGAUGAGAAUUUCAUGGAGAAUGCCGACCUAGUGGCCGACGAAGUUCCGACCAAUUUGGAGUUCGUUGGCAGCUUCUACAAUCAAGAAUCCCUCCCGACAGAAGAGGAGCUUGGCGACAGCCUGCUUGAUGAAGACGAUCUAGGAGCUUUAGCGUCGCCGCCAUUGGUCCGUCAACGGGGAGAACGAGGUGUAUUAGAAAGUUUCCAGGAACAGUAUGAGGUUGCUGAAGGAGAAGAGGACUUUGACUUUGACGAAGACUAUUUCAAGGGAUCUGGCUCAGAAGUGAAAGGCAAGGCUCGCAAAUGGGACUCGACAAAAAACCGAUACCAUCUUUCCAAUGAGUACAAGGUGGCGGACGCGCCCCUCAAAGUUCGUAUACGAGAUGUCAAUGUCAUUUGGAAUCUCUACGACGGAUAUGACUGGCCUGCUACUAGAUCAGUCAUUGCGCAAGCUGUGGAAGACGUUGAAGCUCGGGCAGAAGAACGUCGUCGCCGGCAUCCAGAAGAGGAGGAAGAGGACGACUUUGUUGAAGAAGACUUCUUAUUCAACUCUGUAUGGAUAGGGGUACCUGUCAAGGAUGAUACCGGCGGACUAGCACGACAGAUCAACCGUGAGAUUGACGACCAAGUGAGCGAAACCGGGAGCUAUGCAGCUUCGACUGCCACCCGCUCGACAAAUGCGACUAUUCGGCCUCGCAGUGCGACGAAAUCCACGAAAGGAAGACUGAAACUUCAACGAAGCAGACACAAGAAGAUCGCCAUAGAACUUAUGAGUGUUGCAGUUGAUCUGGUUGUAUUUCCACCCGAUUCCGGAGAGACGCUCAGUUCUGUCGAUGUUCGCGUGCAAGACUUUGAGAUAUUCGAUCACGUGCCGAAGUCAGCAUGGAGGAAGUUUUUGACUUGCACCAUAGAGCGCUCGCAGCGCGAGAUCAACCGUCCUAUGAUCAACCUUGAACUUUUAACGGUCAAGCCUACUGAAGAUCUAGCUGCAUCGGAUCUCGUCAUCAAAGUCAGCGUUCUUCCACUACGUUUACACGUAGAUCAGUAUGCACUCGAGUUCAUAACACGUUUCUUUGAGUUUAAGAAUGAAUCUGAACUUUCGAGUUCCACUCCAGCCGAACAACCAUUCAUUCAGCGACUCGAAGUCAAUGCAGUACAAAUGAAGCUCGACUACAAACCCAGGCAUGUCGACUAUCGCGGGCUGCGUUCAGGACAUACGACCGAGUUCAUGAAUUUCUUGAUGCUGGACGAGUCAAAUAUCACGCUGCGACACGCCAUUGUCUACGGUAUUUCCUCUUUUGACAAGCUGCACAAAACCCUAAACGAUGUCUGGAUGCCUGAUGUGAAACGCAAUCAGCUUCCUGGCGUGCUGGCUGGUCUCGCAGUGGUCCGCCCUAUCGUCAACGUUGGUUCUGGCGUCCGAGAUCUUGUCGUCGUCCCCAUGCGCGAAUACAAGAAAGAUGGUCGCAUCGUCCGAAGUCUGCAGAAGGGUGUUUACGCAUUCGCCACCAACACAACGGCCGAAAUGGCCCGUCUUGGUGCCAAAGUCGCGAUUGGGGCGCAAAACAUCUUGGAGGGCACCGAAAAGAUCCUUGGCGCAGAAUCUUCUUCGUCUUCUACGUCACAUGCUCGUUCAACCUCGCACCAGCAUCAGGAUUGGGACGGUGAUGAUCCUUCUUCAGACAGCGAGGAUCCUCGCCCUGUAUCAAAUUACGCACAUCAACCCAUAGGUGUGCGCGCGGGUCUGCGGUCUGCUGCUCGCCAUCUCGAGCGCGAUCUCCUGACUGCUCGUGAUGCUGUCAUUGCCAUUCCCUCGGAAGUCAUGGAAGAAGGGAGUGGCGUGGGUGCUGCCAAAGCCGUAGCAAAGCGUGCGCCGACCAUCUUACUUAGACCGGCUUUGGGGGCUACCAAACUUGUGAGCAAUGCUUUACUCGGGGUGGGCAAUGCCUUGGAUCCGCAGAGUCGGAGAAAGAUUGAUGAUGUAAGUUCAUCUUCGUGUGUCCCUAUUUUCAUGUGCUUUUGA